CUACUACCUAGUCUUUUAUUAAACAAAUAAUUGAAUUUAGUAUUAAGAAAAUAGGAGUAAAAUCAGCAUAAGUCUACAGAGAAUUGGUUAUUUUAUAUUAAUUCUAUAAUGGUUUUUAAAUGCCAAGAAGAUAGUUUUCUGAAAGAGUUUUCAUCAAAAGUUCUAAAAUGCGAGCCGACAAAGGAGCCAAUAAUUGAAUAUGGAAAAACAUCAAAAUUCGAAGGAUAUCAAGUUUCUCUUGAAAACACUAUCCUAUUCCCUGCCGGGGGCGGUCAGCCACAUGACUUAGGCUGGCUGAAUAAUGUGGAAGUCCUUCAAGUUCUUCGUAAAGGAGAUGAAGCAUUACACUUUACCAAAGAGCCUCUAGAAGUAGGCACCGUUGUGGCUCAGAAGAUCAACUGGGAGAGGAGGUUUGACCAUAUGCAGCAGCAUUCAGGUCAGCAUCUUCUGUCAGCAAUCCUAGAGAAGGAGCAUAAUCUACCAACAACCUCUUGGUGGUUAGGUGCCGAUGAGAGCUAUGUGGAGUUGGAUUCCACUAAGGUACCUGAUGAUGUGGUCUCGACGGUCGAGGAGAGGUGCAACCAGCUAAUUCGUGAAGCUAUCCCUGUGGUUGUCAAGUUCUGUAAGAUUGAUGACCCAGAUUUGGAUGAGGCACACACAAGAGGACUGCCUAAAGAUUGUAUGGAAACAAUUAGAAUAAUUUGUAUUGGAAAAGUUGAUGAAAACAUGUGCUGUGGUACCCAUGUCGCUAACCUUAGCCAACUUCAGAUGAUUAAGCUAACUGGCGUAGAACCAGGAAAGAAGGGCAAGACAAACCUGAAGUUUCUAGUCGGGAAUCGCGUUACCAAAACAUUUCAACGCAUGCUGGAUAGAGAAAAGGCAUUGACUGGAUUACUCAAAAAUGAACCCAACAAACACGAGGAACUCGUCCAAAAACUGCAAAAGAACUUUAAGGUCAUUAACAAAAACUUGCAAAAUGUCCUCUUAGAACUAGCACAGUGCGAGGUGGAUAAAAUAAAAAGUAGUCCGAUCAAACCGAAGUUCGUGUUUAUGUUCAAAAAGGAGGCGACUCCCGAAUUUAACCGCGCUAUAUGUAAGGGGUUGGAGGGAGAAGGGUUGUUCGUAUUCUUGGCCUCCGAAGAGCCUGAUAAGCCGAAAGAAGGACAGAUUAUUAUACAAGGACCCGAAGAACAUUGUACUGCUUUAGGGCAACAAAUAACAGACCUUCUAAAAGGCAAAGGCGCUUUCAAAAACGGAAAAUUCCAAGGGAAGGCGGGCGAUCUCGGCGGUGUAAAUAAAUGCAAGAAGUUAAUCGAAGAUUAUUUUAAUAACAUUAACACAUAAAUAAACAGUUGCAGUAAAUAAACGCUUUCUAUUGAUUAUAAUUCGCGGCGUAUGAGUUGAACAAUAAUGGUGGUCGUCCGCGCAGGUCGCGUUUCGUUGCCAUGGUUACGCGCUGUAGGCUAACACCCCCCCCCCCCCCCAUUUCGUACUGCAAUUGAGACCCUAUUUGGCAUUGCAUAUUUUUCAACUUAAACGCCGCGGAUUAUACAUAAUAUUUUUAAAUACCAUACAAAGUACUCUAUAGGGAAAGGUAGACAGAAACCUCCGUAUUUCGAAAUAAAAAAAAUGGGUUACAUUCUUCCUUUGUUCUCACUAGUUCGAUUCAUUAGUUCGAUCGUCGAACUAGUGAGAAUUUCACUUCUACAAUUUACCCAAAGUUUAUAAGGCAUUUCUACAAUAAAGCAGAGUUAUAUUAAAAAAAAA